AUGACUGAAUUUGAUAUGAUUAUAGGAAUGGAUUGGCUAUCUUUCUAUUAUGCUAACAUUGAUUGUCAAUGGAAAGUAGUUCAUUUUCAAUUCCCAGGAGAACUAGUGAUAGAAUGGGCAGAAGCACCAACCCUUCAGUCAGUUCCAGUAGUUAAUGAAUUCUCAAAUAUAUUCCCAUAUGAGCUUCCAGGCCUUCCUCCAGAAUGGGAGAUAGACUUUAUCGUAGAUGAGCUACCAAAUACCCAUCCAAUAUCUAUUCCCCCGUACAGAAUAGCACCUGCAGAUUUAAAGGAACUAAAGGAGAAGUUAAAAGACUUAUUGGAAAAAGGCUUCAUCAGGCCUAGAAGUUCACCUUGGGGAGCCCUGAGUGAUGUCUUUUGGGCUGAUGAAUGCUCCAGCGGCAUUUAUGGACCUGAUGAAUUGGGUAUUCAGACCAUUCCUGGAUAUGUAGAUACACAGAAGAUCGAGGCCAUAAAAAACUGGCCUAGGCCAACAACACCUAUAGAGGCCAACGUCGUAGCAGAUGCACUCAGCCGUAAGUCCUUGGGUAUCUUGGCAGAUGUUCCACCAGAAAAGAAAGAAAUAGUUCGUGAAAUUGGUCAAUUGGCCAGUCUUGGAGUUCGCUUGGCCGAAUCUAGAGAUAACUGUGUUUCGGUCCGAAAGGUUGCUGAAUCUUCUAUUAUAGAAGAAAUAAAGCAACUUCAAUAUAAAGAUCCUGUUUUGGCAUGGUACCGAAAUACAGGUAUUGACAAAGAGAAAACCCCUUUUGGUAUUAUAUCUGAUGGAGUAUUAUUAUAUAGGAAUAGGUUAUGUGUACCUGACGUUGCUGGGCUACAUCAACAGGUUAUGGAGUUCAUGGCCCAAUGUCCAAACUGUGAGCAGGUCAAGAUUGAACACCAGAAACCAGGUUUACCUCGCACUCCACGGAAGUAUGAUUCGAUAUGGGUUAUUGUUGAUAGGUUGACUAAAUCGGCCCGUUUCCUUCUGAUUCGGAUUACGUAUUCAACUGAGGACUAUGCCAGGUUGUAUAUUAAGGAGAUAGUAAAGCUCCAUGGAGUUCAUGUAUCCGUUAUCACUGACAGAGGUGCCCAGUUUACACCAAAUUUCUGGAGAUCUUUUCAGGCGGGAUUGUGGACCCAGAGCGUCAUGAGAUUCGGCAGAAAAGGGAAGCUUAGUCCGAGAUACAUCGGGUCUUAUCAAAUUGUCCGUAAAGUAGGCAAGGUUGCCUAUGAAUUGGAUCUACCAGCUGAUUUAGAUGCAGUACAUCCGGUGUUCCACGUGUCUAUGCUUCGUAAAUUUGUUGGCGAUCCUUCUAGAGUAUUUACCGUACAGGACAUUCAGGUGAGCGAAGAGCUAUCCUAUGACGAACAGCAGUGGCUAUUUUAG